GGAGAUCGCUUGCAAAAAGAUCGGGGGAUCCUCGUUAAUUAAAAAUCGGAGCCUGAACGAGCAACACCGAGGUUUUGUCCUUCGUCCUGUGAAAUUAGAAUUCUGUGAAAGUGCCAAUUAAAAAAGACACUCCAUCGUGCCAAAUGGUGAUUGAACAAUUAGUUAAGCAAAAGUGCAAAUAAUUGAUGUGCAAAGUGUAGACGUGAUAAGUUUGUGGUUCACGAAACAAAAUCAGAGGAUUUAAAAUGGAUCUUGAACACGCCGAAACAUUUGGAGCGAUCCAGCCGAGUUUGUCGUCAUCGCAAGUCGGUGAUUUUACGGAUCUGUUGCAUCGCAUUGAUACUGCUGAUCUGAUGCAAAUGACCAGCAAUACAACUGAAAGUGUGUGGGGUGACUCGUAUUAUCCAAAUUCUUACUUGGAAAUGGAAAAAUUAGAAGACAGUGUCAAAGAAACAACGUUCGCCGACGAUAUGAAGCCUCUCAGCAUCUAUUCGGUUUCUCUCGACAAGCUCAGCGGUGUGAAUAACUUCAACAUUAGCUUCAUCGAGUGUGCAUCGCCGACGCAUGCUUCGUCCAACAGUUUCUAUUCUACGAGGCUCAACAAAAUUUUCGUCAAGAAGCAGCAUGCUUUCUCGGUGAAUGUCGCCUACAGCAGCGCUCCGUUCGAGAAACUGCGGUUGCGGGUGAUGCUGGUCUGCGCGGCACCACAAGACUUACAGCGUCCGAUCAGUCGAUGCCAGAAUGACAUUUCCAAGGAUCCGGGCGCUGCUAACGAUCCUCAUCGUGAUCACAUCCUCCGUUGCCUUAAUCCGUCAACGAUUUAUGUUGGUACCGCCGAUGGCGUAGCAUUCCACAAUCGUUUGGCCACGAUCAUCGAACUCAACGAAACCGGGCAACAGGUGGUUGUUCCGAUUUCGAUGCAAUUUCUGUGCCAAAACUCGUGUCCCACCAUCGAACGACGCCCAACGGCGUUGGUUUUCACACUGGAGCGCCCAGACGGCACCAUCUGUGGUCGUCAGAUGCUGCAUGUCAAGAUAUGCAGCUGCCCGAAACGUGAUAAGGACAAGGAGGAGGUCAAGCAGGAAGGUGGUAAGCGCAAGAAAGCCAUCGCUGAACCAGCUGCGGUUGCGGAACCGCCCCGUAAGCUGACACGACAAUCGAGUUCCAACGAAUCAGGAGCACGAAUGCAGUUCGCGCAGAUGCCGGGUGUUAAUGAGAGACAGCGUGAUUCGCCGUUGCCAUCUACGUCGCUAGUCGGGCGUAUUAAAAAAGAAGUGGACGGUGCAGUAGUACGUUCAAAUAGUAACGUAUCCACCUGUUCGAGCACGGACGGUGACGGUACGGCCAUCAUAAUGAGCCUCAAGCUACCAGACAUUGCCGUCGCGGUCGAUGUGGCUGAGUACGCUUUUAUGAAGGUGGCGGCCAACAUGGUCCGAUGCUCGAACGAGGAAGAAUAUAGUCGAUAUGCGCGGUUCCUUACAAGCUGCCGCCGUGUCAAGAGUUCAUACUCUCAAGGAGUCCGUCAAUGAAACAACUACAUAAAGUGACUGGAAGCAUGAAAACUGCCCAGUUACACACCAACAACAUUUAAAACAAACACCAAAUCACAGUUGUGAACGGAGGAGAGAGUUUGACGAGCAGCUUUGACAUGGUCUCAGCGUAACACACGGUUCGUGUGGAGCGGCAAGCGCUGCAGGUGGGUGCGCGCGGUGGUGGCAUUGAACGGAACGGAAGGAGUUGCAGAAAGCCCGCGCUGCCAAACAAGACCAAACCAAAGCUCCAACAAUUGAAGUGUGACACUACUGCUGGAGGCGGUAGGAGGAAGCAGCAGUUGUAACGACAUAACCCUGUAUCCCGGUGUCUCGUUGACGAUUCGACCCUCGCUACCUGUGCCUAACUUUAGUACACACGGCUGUUCCGCACAUUGCUGAGUGUUGGGGCCAUGGGAGAAGACUUAUGAGAACAUGUAACGUUGGUUCCAUGUUCGCUUAAUGUCUCAUCCAGGCCAAUAAGCCGUGUCUGCUCAGUGGCACGUGGUGAGGGCACCGAUCUGUCAAGGCAUAUAAACGCAACGGUAAAUAAGUCUCCUUCAGCCUUCGCUGCAUCUCCGAAGCUAAUGCAGUUAGGCCGGAACGUUUUGUGAAUGUUGGAUUUGAGCAGUCUACAAACUUUCUCACAAUCGCUAUGCACCAAGCCCUCCAAAGCAUCGAAUUACUAAAAUUGCCACUCCACCCCCACACAACUGCCGUACAUUACGUUGAUGAAUAUUGUGUUAUAGUUGAGCAUUUCUAAUCUCAAAGCAGCCUUUAAACUCUCUCCUUAUCGUGCAAAUCGUCAGCAGCAGAACCAGCAAUAUGAUAAAGAAAGAAAGAACGAACGAGGAAUCGGCAUCAUUAUGGUACCGAUUCGAGAGCCGUGUUGCAUAUACUUAUUACGGUUGUAUGUUUUUGGAGCUUUCCUGAGGCGUCUAGAAAGGCAACCUAAACAAAAAGGAGCAAAAGAGAGGAUCUAUUUGAAUGUGCAUUUGUGGGCUGGCCGACUAAAGUCCGAUCGAAUGGCCGUGUAUCAUCGUUAGGCAUUGCGAUUCGAUUUGAGUUUAAUAGGCCACAAAGAAACACCUACUCAGGCAUGUCAUUUUGGUCUCCUUUUAUCCUUUUGUUACGGGGUAAGUGAAUGUUGCAGCUGGUAAACCAAUGUUUGUUCCAUUACUUAUACGCACGUCCUUUAGAUUUGAAAUCCUUGUGUUGAGUUUCCGGUUUUAUCGUACGAAGCAGGGUAAUGUGUAGUGCACCUAGUUAGUUGGUUAGUUUUGUGUGAUCGUUUGUGUGUUCAGUGUGUUUUGUUCUAAAUAUUACUCAGUCCUAACUUAUUCGUGUCCACAAUCAUUUGAUAAAUACGUGAAAGUAAAUGCAAGUAGCCAUCACCGUAGAAAAUCGUCGCAACAAUGCUGCACGUAGCCAGCCUCGAUGUAUGCUAUUCCCGCAUUUAUUGCUGGUCGAGUAGCGCGACUGCAUAUCAAAAUUAUAUGCAUGCUUCUUAUCAGCGGUACGCCUUGCGCGUUGCUGUGAUAAAUGUGUAAACCACACGUAAAGUCGUCCCAAUUCAAUAAGCAUAAAACAAAAUCAAGGAUUUCCUCAUUUUUAGAAUGAGAAAGAUUUAAAAACAUGUAGUUUUUUAUCUUAUCGGGCAGCUAUAUCAUUUUUGUGUAUAUCGUUUACACUGCAUAUCGGAAUGAGAUUACUGUGUCAUAAGAGAACGCAGAGGCUCUCCAUUACUCAGACGCGUGCUCAGACUCUCGGUAUGCCUACAAAUCGAUGGAAAAGAAAUAAUAUACCACGAAGGUUAAGCAUUUCAACUGACUCAAUAAGUUUAAAGGGUCCACGUUGAAUUUUGAAAAGAACAAUGUUUUUUCUUAACAGACAGUCGGGACGGGAUUGGUUGGUUAUUGGUUAUUGCUGUACCCCAGCCCCGGUUUCCUCACUCUCAGCCCCUAGGCGCUUUACAAGCUGUUCAGCUUCCCAAGGGCUGUAGCAGCAGAAUUAUGUUGAAUUAUAAAGCGUUUCUAUUAAACUAUUUGGAAUGAGGUUGUAGUCACUUUGAAGAUACACAUAUAAAUCCUAAUGGAGUCUAAGUUACAAUAAGAAAUGUUAUUUUACGAUUUUGGUACUAUUUUACGCCUAGUUCGAUUUGAAAAGCCGUAUUUUCUCUUAAACAAAUUAAAUCAGCGUAUAAAUUAACGUACCUUUUAAGGUGAUUCUUUGAUCUUCUAUGAAUGAUAAUUUACAAAGGUUUGCUAAGAAUUGCUGUAGCGAUGUGUUUCAACCCAAAAAAGUUUGGAAAAACUUUGGUGACAUAGCACGAACCAAAUGCGCUGAAAAUGCCUCAACAAAUAACGCAUAAUCGUCAACGAAUGUAUCGAUUGAUUUUCGGUUAAUUCAGUCUCUUACCACUAACGCCUUGCGCUGCUCCCAUCCCUUUCACAGAAAACGAAGCCGAAAAUGAAACCAACAUUAAUUGCAAUUCU